CACAGAGACAGACAGACGGACAGACUCUCCGCUGCGUCUCCUUCUGAAUCCGGGAGUUGUUUUUCUGCCGGCUGUCUGAGCAGUUCGGCGGAUCCAGUCCGUGGGAGCUUUUCUUUCCAGCUGCUCUUCGAGACGUUUUUUGGAGAAAAUGUCCAGACCUCUUUCCAUCAUCCCAACUUUCCUGCAGCCGUCUCACGGUGUGCUGAAAUCCCUGCUGGAGAACCCGCUCAAGCUGCCGUUCCAUCACGACGACGGAUUUGGUAAAGACAAGGAGAAAGAGAAGAAGCUCGAGGAUGAGAGCGCCGCCGCCACCCACCCGCAGUCGGCCUUCCUGGGGCCCACCCUGUGGGACAAGACCCUGCCGUACGACGCCGACAACUUCCAGCUGGAGUACAUGGACCUGGAGGAGUUCCUGUCGGAGAACGGCAUCCCCGCCAGCACGGCCCAAAACGAACCGGCGCUGCCCCCGCAGGUCCCGGCGGUCCCUCCUCCCACGUCCACUGUGGUGGACCUCAGCAGCCGAGCCGCCGCCUCGGUCCACACGGGCGUGGCUCCUCAGACCUGCCUCCACAGCCCGAGUGCUGCAGCACCUUCAGCCCGUGACACUCCGAGCCCCAUUGACCCAGAAUCAAUUCAGGUCCCUGUGACCUACGAUCCCGACCCAGCGGACCUGGCUCUGUCCAGUGUGCCCGGCCAGGAAAUGUUUGACCCCAGAAAACGCAAGUUCUCAGCCGAGGAACUGAAGCCACAGCCCAUGAUCAAAAAAGCCCGCAAGGUCUUCAUCCCCGAUGACCUAAAGGAUGACAAGUACUGGGCCCGGCGCAGAAAGAACAACGUCGCAGCCAAACGCUCACGGGACGCCCGGCGGCUGAAGGAGAACCAGAUCGCCAUCCGUGCCGGCUUCCUGGAGAAGGAGAACGCUGCCCUCCGUAUGGAAGUGGCGGACUUGAGGAAAGAGCUCGGCCGCUGCAAGAACAUUCUGGCCAAAUACGAGGCCCGACACGGACCCCUGUGAGCCCGGUCCACACCCGCCGCACGCUCCCUGCCCACGUGUCCGCCAAAGUGUCGUUUUCCAUGGCGCCCCCUCACAGACUUGUACGGUUCUUGACCCUCACUAUGAGUUGUGUCUCAGCUUCUGUUUGUUUUUGUGCUCAGCUUCCAUUUGAAUGUUUAGAAACCCACAUAACCACACGAGCCGACCUGCUUGUGGUUCACCUUCAGACCAGAUCUACACCAGAGGUCAGGACUCAGACCUGUGGACUCUCCGUCGUCCCCUGUCCUUCCGUAGUAUCUUAAUCCUUCGUUUGUCCCUUUACACUUUGUUGCUCGAACCCGGGCACCUUGGACAGCGUUCUUGUUGUUGUAGUUGUCAGAAAGCACUUAAAGGUUUUUCCGGCGUGGCAUUGAACUGCCGCAAGAAAAUCAGCAUUUUGUUUUUUCUCCAUCACCUGGACUCUGAGCAAUAAUUCCUGUUCAAAACCCAACACACCCCUAGCCAUCCCAGCUAACUUCCAUCUAGUUUAUUAACUGGUCUGGGUUGACGAAACCGAGUUAAGAUCUGCACUAAUAAUGCGUGUCACAAUCUGAACUUGUGUAACUUUUUCCACUUCCACCACCUCAUAUUUCUUUUUAUUUCUCAGAUGGAAGAUUGUUUUUUAUGUGUGUGUAUAUAUAAUAUAUAUAUAUUCUGUUGAUAUAAUUGUUAGUAUUACUACUGCUGGUUAUUGUUUAUCCUCCGCCUCAUCGAUCAUUUUUGAGCAUGAUUUCUUUCACCCAGCGAAGGCGUGAAGCUAUUUACCGAUCAUGUUUUUGGCAGAGUUGUCGAUAAUCCUUUAUGCUUCUGUUUUAGUUAGCAUGAUUAAUGGGCUUUUCUUUUUUUCAUUUUAUGAAUCGAUGUCCGUAGUGUUUUUGUAGCACUGAUAUGUUUGCCUUCUUUUUUAAAGUUGGCUGUAUGAAUGUAAAGUUGGAUGGUGUUGUCCUAUACUGUGGUUUAACUGAAACAAUCUGUUCACUGCAGACCAAACAAUUCACAACAGAGAUGAUAUAUUGGUUACAAGAGAGAUGUUUAUAUAUGAAUCUAUAAGUUGUUUUGUACAGUAUUUUUCCUAUACAUGUAUUUUAAAGGCACACAGAUCCAGAAUAUAAUUAUUAUUAAAGAAUAUAUGUGUAUAACUCAAAA